GUAAUUAAGCCAGUCUCCCAGACCAUUUAUUUGUGGUACAGAAAUAGCUCAGUGACAGUUGUUUCCACACAGUCACAUGGGGUUUAUUUUGAAAGGUGAACUUCUCUGAAGGCAAGGGACAUUGGUUACACAGAGCCCGUGUCUCUAGCUUAUAUCUCUCUGAUCAUCAUAAUUACUACAGUCAUGAGCAAUUCUUUAAUGCACCUGCUUUUAUUACCAACACGACUAAGCUUAUGGAUUCUCUCUUUUGUAUAUUACAUUCUCGUGUACGGCAUAGCUGGAAUCACCGCUUGUUUGGUUCUGAUUCGAACUGUCUGGACUGGAUUUAGGGAUCCAUAUAGAACCUUUCAAUGGAACGCUCGAAAGAGACCCCCAGACUGCCUUAAAGACCCUGCACUUGGCGACCACGCGUUUCUGAAGGGCAGGAGUUCAGGCUUGAGGUUUCAUUAUGUAACCAAAGGAGACCACAGAAGGCCUCUAAUGCUGCUUCUUCAUGGUUUCCCAGAAAACUGGUACUCCUGGCGUUACCAAUUACAGGAAUUCAGUAGUCAUUACCACACGGUGGCGCUAGAUCUGCGUGGCUGUGGAGAUUCUGACGCACCUGUCCCGCUGGAGCAAUACUCACUGGACAUACUCUUAUAUGACAUCAGAGACACCAUCGAUGAACUGGGUCACACAAGUUGUAUAUUGGUGGGACAUGACUGGGGUGGGAUGCUGGCAUGGCAUUUUGCACUGGAAAGGCCAGACAUGGUGCAACGUCUCAUUGUGAUGAACGCCCCUCACCCUGCCUCGUGGUUGGACGCCGUUCUGAGAAGACCCUCUCAGCUGUUGCGCUCAGGACAUGCAUGUUUCUUCCAGUUACCAAUGCUGCCCGAAAUUGUUUUGUCUCUUGAAGAUUUUAAGUUGGUUCGAAGUCUAUUUUGUGGCAAGAAUUUGGGCAUCAGGAACAAAUCCAGACGACUGACUGAGACCCAGAUGGAGGGGUACCUAUACCGGCUGUCCCAGCCAGGAGGACUCACAGGCCCUCUGAACUACUUUCGUUCUCUUCUCAGUAACACUCUGUACAAGCAUCAGGAUGUCGGUGUGCCCUGCAUGUUAAUUUGGGGUGAGGCAGACACUAUUCUGGUUGAGGGCAUGUCCGGUGGAACGCGGCCUUAUGUAAGGGGUCCAGUUGUCAUUCACACUAUUCCUGAAUGCAGCCACUGGGUACAACAAGAUCAACCCGAGAGAGUCAACAAGCUCAUAUGGGACUUUGUUCUGGAUAGAGACAUCAUAAAACACAAUCACUGAUUGCCUUUGACGCAAAGAACAAAUUAUUUUGAGUUAUUAGCUCUAGCAAGGUUUCUGGUUUUCACUUACAAAAUAACUGCUUACAUUUUGUCGGGUUUGUCUUAAAUGAAGUAAAGACAAAGCAGAUAUGAAUGGUUUUUAUGAGAUCUUCAAUUCCAAGACAUUUUGACUAAAUUCUUUCCUGUGAGUUGUUUAACUAAACAUCAUCCAACAUCAUUACCAAAAAAUGUAGCCUGUUAUGUAUUACAGUCUGUUUAAAUUUAGUGUGACUAAAUACUGUAAGACCACAUCAAAACGUCUGAUGUGUUUAUUCCAUUCUUGGCUCAGUGUUCCUGUGAUUGGGUGCACAUGUUGAGUUAUCCCAACAUCAUUGACUAAAAUGAACAAAUUCUCCCUAAAAGAAUUCCUGAAUGUUGAGGGGGAUAUGUACUGAACAUAUGAUUGUUAUACGUCACAGUUAAAUAUAGUAACUUUUGUUACAAAACGCAGUAAACAUUCUCACGAGACCCUGUUUGUUGGUCAUUGCAUUAACGUGAGUAGUCUGUUUAUCACAUACAAUGUGGUUUUGGUUGGCUGAAUAUAGUGCAUGAGUCAUACAGAUCACUUCUGCAAUACUUUUGCAAUACUUUUAUUGUACUUUUAUGAUACUUUAAUGGUUAUAUGAGCAUUUUGGUGACAGACAGUCUGAAUGGCCAUCCAAUAUGUUUGUAUGUGACAGAGCAGGACAAUC